CCCUCUUUCAUGACAUCACGGUGAGGGCUCUUCUUACUGGAUGGUUCUGCCUGUAUGAACACCAGUUAACGACUAGCUCCUCAACCCAAAGGAAUCAAUGAUAUGGACUUGUCGGGGUCCAAGCGGGUAACAAAAGUGAUGGUCUAAAGACUCGCAGUCACAAGAGGUGCUUGCGCCUGGAAUGUUGCGCUGGUCGGUGCAUCUAGAAGGAGGGCCACGGAGAGUCAACCAUGCUGCUGUGGCGGUGGGGCACAAGGUCUACUCCUUUGGGGGCUACUGCUCCGGGGAGGACUACGAGACGCUGCGUCAGAUCGAUGUGCAUGUCUUCAACUCAGUGUCUCUGCGCUGGAUGAAGUUGCCCCCAGUCAGGUCGGGGGGACACGAACGGGCUCGUGAAGUGCCGUACAUGCGUUACGGCCACACAGCUGUGCUGCUGGAUGAUACGAUCUACCUCUGGGGCGGGCGUAACGACACAGAGGGGGCCUGCAACGUGCUGUACGCCUUUGAUGUCAAUACCCACAGGUGGUUCACGCCCAAGAUUUCAGGGGCAGUUCCUGGGGCGAGGGAUGGCCACUCAGCCUGUGUGCUAGGAAAGGCCAUGUACAUAUUUGGAGGAUACGAGCAGCUGGCUGAUUGCUUCUCUAAUGACAUUCACCGGCUGGAUACCACCACCAUGGUUUGGUCACUAAUUAAUGCCAGAGGCACACCGGCACGAUGGAGAGACUUCCACUCAGCCACCAUCAUUGGGACAAAAAUGUUUGUGUUUGGAGGGAGGGCAGACCGCUUUGGCCCCUUCCACUCCAACAACGAGAUCUACUGCAACAAGAUCAAAGUGUUCGACACAGAGACCAACUGCUGGCUGAGCACCCCGACCACACAGCUGUUGCCAGAGGGACGCAGGAGUCAUUCAGCCUUCUGCUACAACGGAGAGCUCUACAUAUUUGGAGGCUACAACGCCCGCCUGGACCGGCACUUCAACGACCUUUGGAAGUUUAAUCCAGAACAAUUCUUGUGGAAGAAGGUAGAGCCGAAGGGGAAAGGCCCGUGUCCUCGGAGGCGGCAGUGCUGCUGUAUGGUCGGAGAUCGAAUCGUCCUCUUUGGAGGAACAAGCCCCUGCCCAGAGCAAGGAAUGGGGGAUGAAUUUAAUCUCAUGGAUCAUUCAGACUUGUACAUCUUAGACUUCAGCCCCAAUUUGAAGACAUUAUGCAAAAUAGCUGUUAUUCAGUACAGUCUGGAGCAGUCAGGACUCCCACAUGAUAUCAGAUGGGAACUGGCAGCCAUGACCACCAACAGCAACAUCAGCAGACCCAUCUUCUCCUCGCAUGGUUGAUGCAGCUGCAGACGAAACAGAACCAGGACUCUGUUUCAGAAAAGCUGAACUUUUUUUAUUUUUAAAUCAUCCUGGUCGACUGUACCCGGAGGACUGCUUUGGAUUUAUCUUCCACAUUCUUCAAAUGAAAACUCGUCACUGACCAAACUGUCCUGGCAUAAGACUUCAGCAGACAGAAGGGCCUUGCCCUGCCUAAGGAUGUAUUUUAAUCCUCGACACUCGUUGUUGUGGGCGAUGACGCUUGUUCAGAUUUUCCUCUUCUUUCUAGCCUCUCUAGGAACCCAAUCAGCCUAUGAUAAUCAUAGACAUGCAACUUCUAAUCUUAAGCACAGGAAUCGACGAGAAUUUCAGCCAAAGGCUCUUGAGCGCAAGCGACCACUGAAGAUGUCAAGAAACAAACCUUCAGCUGCAGAUCUGAAGACACUGGCUCACAUCCAGUAAAGGACAGAGAGUAUUCAGGACUGCAAUCCAGGAGUGUUUUGUUUGCAGAAAGUCUUAAGUGGUUUGCUAGUUUCACCACAACAUGAAAGCCUCCCUGCUGCUCUGAAAUGGCUCCCAAAUGAUUUACAAGACAGCUAGAGAAAGCUGUAAAAUAAUCAAGGGCAUCUACCUCCCUCUAAAGUAUUUGUGAUUGGGUCUUUGACACCUCCUGCACAUUCGACACCUGCUAGUCUCCAGAAGAAAAAAAAGAAAGAAAUGUUGCAAAGAAGUGUGACCAACCUGCUGCGUAACUCCUCUGACUUCAGAGGAUUUCAAUAUCAAAUGCAGAAAAGAUCAUUUAUCUCAGAUACACAUUCUGUGUGUGAUUUGGAGAGAUUAUCUCAUAAAUGCAUUUCGUUUGUAGACAAUCCUUCAACUUUCAAACCGGUUCAUUUAUCAAGCAAAUCAAAAUCAACGGAAAUGUUUGUGUGCGCAGCGUGAAGAAAACAUUUUGUUCAUUUAAAAAAAAAAGAAAAAAAAAAAGGCUGUGGUAACAAAGUCUAAUUUAUUUCAGAUUUUGUUGACACGUCCCAAAAGUAAGACCAAAACAAACUGUGUAACAUCGUCUCUCAUCGCUUCCCUGCCUCGCUGCGGUCCGUUUGUUCCCGCUGAUUGUUGUUUCUCCAGCGUGACGUUUUUAACCCUCAGCAGCGAGUACGUGGAGGCAGGGCGCGGUUUAAACAUCAUACUGAUACAUUUCAUUUUAGCUUUUGAGCUUCGUGAUCAGCAGAUCCAGGAAGUUGCACCUUUCCUUCAAAUCUGAAAAUGAUGAAUCGUUCUGGUCAGAAUCUGGAGGAGUUAUUCACUUUUUCUCAUGUUUUCAAAUCAGAUUUCAACUUAAUCUAAGACCUGAAGUUGUCGUUUCAGUCCACUCUGCGUGCUCUGCCCUUCCUUAGGGACCAAAUCUGUCUAACCUUUCAGUAUUAACAUCGGUUUGCUCCUGCAGUGGCAGCUACAUCUCUCGGUGCCCUAAAAAAACAAGUGUGUUUUUUACUGCAGCAGAUUAAUCUCUCCCUGAAACAUUUUAUUAGAUCCUUUGUUAAAUUUGAGUGCAUUUAGUCAGCAGGAAUAAAAAAAAAAAACUGUCAUGUUUUAAGAAAUAAUUUUUUUUAACAAAAUCACUAGUGGCACAAUUAUUGGAACCCAAACAUAACAUCAGAAAACACUUCAUAUUUUUUAGGUUAAUCUGGUUUUCUAAGACUUUCCAAAUGGUAAUUCUUAACUUUUUGUUCAGCUUGUUUCCUUUAGCCUGUGGCCUCCUGGCUGGGCGAGGAUCAGAUUCUCUUACCAAUAUGCACAGAUUAUAAAAAUCUAAAAGAGAGUAUUUGUAAGGGUUUCCAGAAAAAGAUCCUUUUCCAUCCUACCAUCACAAACAUGAACAAGGGCUUUGAAAAAUCAAGCUUAUCUGCAAUAAAAGCUCCAUUUGUGUUUGGCAUUAAGAGAUGAAUUUAUGUUGAAAAUCACCUUUUGUUAAUUGUGAAUUUGUUUCCUCCAAAUGCUCUAAGAGCCUCGUCAGAGUUCAUGGCAUCAGAAGAUUUACAUAAAAAAAAAUCUUGUGGACUCUACCAGGAAGUGAAUAAUGAUUCCAAAUAAGUGGGGAAAUUAUUUACAAGACACAAAAUCAACCUCUGUCACUGACCUUAUAGAAAAGUGAUGUGAAAAAGAGGAGUCAUCUGCUCCGACCAUAUAUAAACAUUAUAAUAGACGACGAAAUAAACUGACCACAGGGUUGCCAGUAUGUGUGCCACUUGUAAUUUAGUUAACAAUUCAGUAUCAGAUGAAGCUCCUGUGAUGAAGGAUUUAUUUAUAUUAAAGCUCGCACGUAAAAUUU